AUGGCUUCGACUUCACUAGCGCCGCAAGCCGGCAAGGUGGAUCUGUCCAAAAAGCUGUCUGAGCUGCGGUCAAGCAAUAAUCGGCGAUCCCAGACUGCUUCUGGCCGAGAUGCUACCCCGACCACCCCUCCUUUGCCAUCGCCCCCCGACCUCUCCGCUCACCAAUACGCGCGCCCCAUCCGCCGUAUCCUGUCAUCCAAAGAUCAUGAGCUGUUUCUGUCAUCCCCGACAUAUAAGCUCGUACUUUCCUUUAUCUUCGGCCUGUCCGACUCUGUCCGUGGUCGGGCGGUCACCGAUCUCCCGCACAGGCCCGAAUCCUCCUCUAUCAGCCAAAUCGCCUUGAUCGUCAGUCGCUUACGAUCUCUCCUCGAAGACCACCCAGCCCUCGACCAGGGCGGAUCACGAUUCGGAAAUCCCGCGUUCCGGGCCUUUUUUGAUGACGUGGCCACACAGAGUUCAUCAUGGCAUACCGAGAUUCUGGGCAUGUCCGAUCCCGCCGCGAUUGAGGAAGCAUCCACGUACUUGAUCCACUCCCUUGGAUCGCGAGACCGACUGGAUUACGGCUCCGGUCAUGAAUUGAAUUUUAUGAUGUGGCUUCUGUCCCUCUACCAGCUGGGACGACUGCCUGCCACCGAAUUCCCGGCCGUCGUCUUCCAGGUUUAUCUCCAGUACCUGCAUCUAAUGCGGGAUAUUCAGUCCACUUACUACCUAGAGCCGGCCGGCUCGCACGGCGUGUGGGGGCUAGAUGACUACCACUUCCUACCGUUUCUAUUUGGGGCCAGCCAGUUGGUGGACCACCCCUACGUGACGCCGCUGGGGAUCCACAACACGGCGAUGCUGGACGAAGAAGGCGACAAGUACCUCUAUCUAGAUCAGGUACGGUGGGUCGAUAGUGUCAAGACCGUCAAGGGUCUGCGCUGGCAUAGUCCAAUGCUGGAUGAUAUAUCGGGCGCUAAGAACUGGUUCAAGGUGGAGAGCGGCAUGAAGAAAAUGUUUGUCAAGGAGGUCUUGGGGAAGCUGCCCAUUAUGCAGCAUUUCCUGUUUGGCAGUCUGCUGCCUGCGGCCGAUGGGAUGAGCAAUCCCUCGGAGCAUGGCGACGCGGAGGAUCACGAUGAGGACCAUGGUCACGACCACCCUCAUGGCCACCAGCAUACGGAUUGGUUUGGGGACUGCUGCGGCAUCAAGGUCCCCAGUACCGUGGCCGCGGGUGCGGAGAUGCGCAAGCGGAUGGGUGGCACAGGGUUGCGGCCGAUACCGUUCGAUUAA